ACGUAUUUUUCCACCGAGUUUUUUUAAUUCGAUGGAACAUCUCCCGGUACACCUUCCAUACGAAGCUAUGAUGGCAGGACCUGUUCAGUAUCGUUGGAUGUAUCCGUUUGAAAGGUACUACAUCUACAGUUCUAUUUCAUCGAUCGAGUGGUUGGUACAUGCAUGAACUAAUUAUUUGAUUAUGCAGAUACCUGAGAAAACUAAAAAAUAAGGUCUCGAAUAAAGGCAGAGUGGAAGGAAGCAUCAGCAGCGGAUAUUUAUUAGAGGAAACAGCGAAAUUUGCAUCUUUCUAUUUCAAGGAUGGUGAUCCGAUGCUACCAUGUCGGAUGCAAAGAAAUGAAGUUUGCGAAAUGGACGUUGAUGAUGAUGUCGACAGAUUAUCCAUUUUCAAACCGAAAGGGCGACCUAUAGGUGCUUCUCGGAACAGAUAUCUGGAUGAUGCUGAAUAUAAUGCUGCCCGAAGCUAUAUCCUUCUGAAUUGCACUGAAAUCGAACCUUUCAGAGAAGUUUUUGAAGGCGAGUUGUAUGAAAUCAACCCCGAAAUCACACAGACCGAAGUUGUAGUCAAGUUGGAGAGUGAAUUCGCCUUUUGGUUCGAGCAAUAUGUGAAAGACCAAACUGUCUGUACCAAUCCCUAUAUUCUAAGUCUUGCAGAAGGACCGCUUAGAUCGGUCAAAACAUUCAAGGGGUAUUGUGUGAACGGGUUUAAAUUCAAUACUGAAGAAUAUGGGGAGGAUCGGGUUACAAUGAAUAGCGGAGUUUGUGUAAAAGGAUCACUCUACGGUCCGGCUGAAAGCGACUUUUAUGGAGUGUUGACUGACAUUAUCGAGUUAGAGUAUCCAGCUCUACCGAUAAAAAGGACGGUCUUAUUUAAAUGUAAUUGGUUUGAUCCUACGAAAAAAGUUGGUAUGUUAGCCCAUCCUCGGUAUAACAUAGUGGAUGUUAAUCACAGAAAGAGGUACAACAAAUAUGAACCCUUCAUUUUAGCUGAACAGUCCGAUCAAGUACAUUACUUACCUUAUCCUAGCAAAAGGCGAGACAAAAAAGACUGGUGGGCAGUAUGCAAGAUAAAAGCUCGCUCUGAGAUAGACAUGCCUGCAACAACUGUUCCAGCUUUCCAAGAUGAUAGUGCAGAUCAUCUGCUCGAUGUCAUAACAAAUGAAGAACCGACAAAUUUAGUUGAUCCGAAUGGCGAGGCGGACGAGGCUGCAUUACACAACCCUCCAUUAGUGGAGACGGAAGAUGAUUAUCCACCAUCUUCAUCAGACGAUGAAGACAUUGGAGCGGCAGAUAAUAUAGAAAUUGCAUGAUUCGUUUAAGUGUCAUUUAUGUAGAAUUUUGACUUUUAUUUACAUUUGUUGAUGUGGUAACUUUAUUUUGUUAAUUAUAAAUUAUGUGUUAUGGUUUUUAUAA